GCCUCGACCCGUCACUGCUGCUGAACAAUGCUCUCGUUGUCUCUCCUUGUGCUGGUGGUGAUGCUUGGCCUGCAAAUGAAACUGCCGUGCCUGGCCCUCCCCUCUGCGUUCGUCAGCCCGCUGAGGCGACUCGCACAGACCAGGAGCUCACCGCCAUCUUCAUCUGCACAGAAGCGAGGACUGGCGCUGAUGAGCGAAGGGGAAGGCGUGCGGGCCACCAGGCGGCUUGGCUUUAGCGACAUGAUGGUCACACCUGUCUGGUAAGUCAUCGGGAAGGAGAGAAACAAUUGCAUGAUGCGUGUGUGUUCUAAUGUCAGUCUUGGCACGAUGACCUGGGGGGAGCAGAACAGCGAGGAUGAGGCGCACGCACAGCUCGACUACGCCAUCAAGGAGAGGGGAGUCAACUUCAUCGACACCGCUGGUGAAAUGAAUGAAUGAAUGGAUGUGCAUGGUCGACCCAUCUGCUAUACCUAUCAUGUCUUCUCUGUCUGUCUGUCUGUCUGUGCAGAGAUGUAUCCGGUGCCGACUGCCCAGCACACGCAGGGUCUGACUGAGAAGUACCUCGGCACGUGGCUGGCCAAGAACCAAGACUGGCGCCACAAGAUAUACAUCGCAACCAAAGUCGCUGGAUUCAUGGCAGGUCCGUCAGGCCGUCGCAGGCCAGACACACAGCUGACGGUGCCGGUAUACUCUCUCUCUGUGUGUGUGUGUGUGUGUGUGUGUGCAGAUUCGUACAUGGUAGCGGGUCGUCUGAAGGAGAAUGGCUACCUGGCGAUCAACGGCAAGCAGAAGGGUCCGGCUCGGCACGACCCUGAGUCCAUUCACAGGGCGUGCCGCGCCAGCCUCGCCCGUAUGCAAACGUCAUACAUCGACCUCUACCAGCUGCACUGGCCUGACAGGUCAGGUGGGGUGGGCAGGGCAGGGCAGAUGGACCAACCAAUACGCUCACACAUGUGCAUCGCAUCGCUACACAUGACAUGCCCGGAUGCAUUGCAAUGAGUGAAUGCCUGGCUGCAGGUAUGUGCCCAAGUUUGGGAGCACUGUGUACGACCCCGCGCAGCACUACCCAACAGCAGUGCCAUUCGAAAUCAUCUGCAGAGCCAUCAAAGUACGUGCACACAUAAGCAGCACCGUGAACCUGAGAGUACCAUGCGUAUUCUGUCUGUCUCACAGGAGCUUCUCGACGAAGGUCUCAUCCGCAGCUGGGGCCUGUCUAAUGAGACGCCAUUCGGGGUGAGUCGGGGAGAACAGAAGGCAGGCUCCAUGCCGUCAUUCCUUGAUUGCUGCUGUCCCCUCGGCUGCUCUGUCUGUCUGUCUGUCUGUCUGUAGGUGGCUCAGUUUGCGGCUGCGGCUCAUCGCGUCGGCAUCCCCAAGCCCGUGUCGAUACAAAACUCAUUCUCACUCGUACACCGGUGAGGCAACUACUGUGAGGCACAGGCGAAGGAAACGCACACAGGGGGUGUGCGCGCUCCUUUCCUGUCAGGGAGUUUGAGCAGACGCUGGCCGAGUCGUGCGCCCACUGGAACUACAACCUCUCUCUCCUUCCGUGGUCUCCUCUGGCUGGCGGGGCGCUGUCGGGCAAAUACCUCGAGGGACAGAAGCCUGAGGGCGCCAGGAUGACCAUAUGGCCAUUCUUUCAAUCCAGAUGGCUCAAUCCCAGGUGUGUGGUGUAUGUGGACAGACAGAGAUCAAUCUUGAUCUGGAUGGAUGCGCACCAGCUGUCUGUGUGUGUGUGUGUGUGUGCAGGUGUGUGAGUGCGAUAGAGCGUUACAAGGCCCUGGCUGAUGCGGAGGGCAUGUCGCUGACCACACUGUCGCUGGCGUGGAUCAACUCGAGGAACUACAUGGAGAACGGCAGCACCAUCAUCGGGGUGAGGGUGGGGGGAUGAUACACGAUACAGUCGACCAUCGCACCAUGGCCUCGGUGUGUGUGUGUGUGUGUGUGUCAGGCGACGAAGAUGGAUCAGCUGAAGGAGUGCAUCGAUGCUUUCGAGGAGGUGAAUCAUUGCACGCACACUCUACGCGUGGCCGCACCGCGCCAUUGGGGUCUGUGCUUCUCGUGUGUUGUGUGGUCAGGGCGUCACGCUGUCUGAGAGGACAUUGGAGGCGAUAGACGAGGUGCAUUUAGACUGCAGGGACCCCUCACAGUUCAUUUGACGUGGCGAGCACAGCACACGGACAGGUAUGGAGAGGUCCGUCGAUCUAGUUGGGACGGAUGUUAUGGGUGGAUGCUUCAUGUAAGUAGCUAGCUACAGGCGUAGAUGUGUACGUCUGUGUACCGUGCGUGUGGUCUGCUCGAACCAAGUGGCCCCCGUGUCGCUGACUCACUCAGCCCUAUUCUCUACUGAGAAGGCAUCAUGCACAUGCUGACCAUACAUAUUAUAGUGAGAGUUCAAAUGGGAUUUUUGCCUUUUAAUGGAAAUUGCGUCG